CUCCGCUAGCCAUCGUCUCCCCACAUGUGUGUAUGUCCGCUGUCUGUGUCGCAGGUAAACAUGCUCACCGAGAAACUCUUCCGGUGCAGUUGGUUCCGCCGGUUCAAAGAUGGCGUCCGCAGUGCUGAAGGUUGCAGUGGCAGGCCUAUCCAGAUGUUCUCGUCUCACUCUCCAGAGGGCACAUACGACAACUGCACCCCUUCGUCAGGGCGUUCCUGGGUCACUGUGGAAGCUGGGGAGGCUGAACCACAUCGCCAUAGCUGUUCCUGACAUGGAGAAGGCCACGGCUCUGUAUCGGGACGUGCUGGGGGCCACAGUGAGUGACAAGGUGCCACUGCCCGAGCACGGCGUCUACACCGUGUUUGUGGAGCUCGGAAACACUAAGCUGGAGCUGCUCCAUCCUCUUGGGGAGAAGAGCCCGAUCGCUGGCUUCUUACAAAAGAACAAGUCCGGAGGAAUGCACCACAUUUGUAUUGAGGUGGACAACAUCAACGCUGCAAUAGCCGACCUGAAAGCAAAGAACAUUAGAACUCUGUCGGCAGAGCCCCGAAUAGGUGCUCACGGGAAACCAGUGAUGUUCCUUCAUCCUAAAGACUGUGACGGCGUGCUGGUGGAGCUGGAAGAAGCCUAAACACGUGAGGAUGACUGGGAAGGUGCGGACCGUAAAUUCACAUUUCAGAGUCGGUGCUAUUAUCACUCUGAUAGCAAAUGUUGAUUUUGUAAUAUUUUUCCUUAUAGCUCGUCCGUUAUGAUCUUCUCAUUUCAGAAAUGUGCCUCAAAAGUUGUUCUUCUAUCUUUGUUUCAGAGCUGUUUGUGUUGGGAAUAAACUAUAGUGUGGUGUGUGUUUC